CGCAAUAGCUACUGUACGCUCGCACAGUGUGUGAAGUCAACGUCGCAGAGUAGAAAAUACACUUUACUUCAUCCCCUGAAGUCUAUUCUACAUCUCCGAUUUCACCUCUAUCUCCUUAAUAGCUCUAUAUGCAUCGGCUUUCACGUUUGUUGCUGGUGACCAGUAUCCUAUUGAACGGAUUCCUCAUCUUCAAAUUCAUCAACCACCAUUACAUCAAUUUGGACGACGUUCAAUAUGUAGAAACCAGACUGGACGUCUACGUACAAACGCAAAACUGCGGCCGAAACUUCAACAAAAUCCAAAAAGUCUUUCCGCAAGCUAUCGCUAUGGCCGAUGAACCGUGCACGGAAAAAGAACAUGUUUUUAAGAGUUACAUUGAGCCAAUUGACAAGAACCAGAAAUUGCUCAAGUACUCUUACAAAUACUUGGAGACACUGAAGAUAUGCCAGAGUGGCAACAAAAUGCUCUGUAUGAUCGUGGAAGAUGAUAUAUUAUUCCUACACAAAAACGAAACGACAUGGAAUAACAUUGUCCUCAACACAAUGUCAUUGUUCUCGAACGACGAGACGUUUUGGGAUUGUUCCAAGCGGAACCUUUGGCUUCCCACGGCAUCAAAUGGAGCCAAAACACUUUGCCGUAUCUUCAGUAACGAUCUCUUGCCUGCUUUCACGGAUUGUCUAGCAAAGUAUCUGGAAUCUUUACCCGACACUGAAGACAAAGGGAUUAAUGUUUUGCUCGACAGAUGUCAGGAUGAUCUGAAGAUAACACAGAAACGGUUUUUGCUGGUCAACCAUAGCGGACAGAAGUCGUUGCUAGGAAGUUAAUGAUGAUCGAAAUUGUAAAUUAUAUAUUUUGCCAUACACAAAAUUUCCUAUACCAUACAUGAUGUGCCAAAAGAAACAUUCAAAUUUUUGUUUUAAUGAUAUUAGUACAUCGGAUACCGAUCUCUAUAUUACGUUUUGUUAUGGAGGGGAUCAAGUCAAUAAAAACAGUAAAUUAUUUAAGUCCCAAGAUGUAGUAU